AUCGUCAUUAUCGCCUCCUCCAAUUCCAUUCUCCUACCCCUGCAUCCACGGAUACAUAUCAUCUCCCCAAUUUCCACGACACGACGAGAAAGCCAAACCCCGACAGGCAGACUCCAAGUCUCUGCACAGCACCAUCUAGUCAAACAUCACCAUCGCUUCCAGAAUCUUCCGACCCUCUUCACUCCAUUUCCGUUCCGCUGUGCAUGGUACAAUCUUUCGUGAUUGGUUCCCGCCUCUCUUUUGAAACGAAACGAAAGAAGCGAAAAUUGCCUGCGUAGCUACUUUACCCAUCGCUACUCGCAUAAUUAACCCUCCUGCCAGCGACGCGUUAUCCCAGCCCUGUAAAAUCACCAACUUUUGCCUCCUACCUUCGAGCGUCUCUUACACCGACCGAACCCGACUGUCCGUCUGAGAUACGCACUUCCCACCAUGUCGGAAGCAUAUGAACGAGAACGUCAGAACAACGCCCGUCUCGAAGAGCUAUCCUCGAAAGUCUCGGCAUUACGCGGCGUUACCAUCGACAUUUACGAUAAUGCUCGGUCCCAAGAAGUCAUUGACAAUACCUCCGACACUUUCUCCGCCAUGUCAACAUCCCUCAAGGGCUCCGCAGGCCGACUAGGUCGUAUGGCCGCGGCCGGCAACAAGGUUGCGAUCCUCAAGCUCGCCGGUCUCAUCAUUGGACCUCUAAUCCUGCUGUAUUAUCUCCUCAAGUUGUUCUUCUAAAUGUGGGGGGGUUUUUUUUGGGCGUCGCAAGGUGACAGGAAACACUGGGCGCAGGAACUAUCUGCGGAGCGCUCUAUGCAUAGAACGGACGUAUCGAUGAUUCACUGGAGAGUUACGGUUCAAAGCUGCCGACUUCGACCAGCUUAGGGAGUAUUGUGUACGUCACGGGCGGAGACUGGCCAUUGGAGGCCCCUCGAAACGACGACUUGGAACAUUGUUUGGUGACUUGGUGUGAUGGAAAACAAUGGCAGGCGCUGGCAUGGCUACGGAGUUUGGGUGCAGCCCUUGUAUUUACGAUAGUAUGCUGGGAUAUAUCAUCAUUAUCAUCUCUCAAGUUUCUAUGGCUUGCGCGACUGACU